AUGGGUGCUGCCGCCGCGUCCGGACACGUUCAAAUCAUGCGGUACCUCGCAUUCACUCAGGGGUGCAAGGUGACCGAAAUCAGAGACAUGGGGUCCCUGUGGAGGGCGCUGGAGAAGUGUCUCUAUGACGGUGCUAACGUUGUUCCUGAGACCGGCGGGCACCGAUCACGCAUCAGCAACAGCAGUGGCACCCCAUCUUCUUCAGGAGGCGGCAGCGGGGGCGGCGGUGGCGGUGGCGGAGGCGGAGGCGGGGGCUACCCGAACUCCGCGGCGGCGUCUGCUCCAGGUGCCGCCACCGGCGGUGCGGAGGUCUCGGCUCCCUUGGGAGACGACGACAACACCUGCAUCGUUUGCUUCGAGAGGAAGGUGGACUGCACGCUCGUCCCGUGCGGGCACCACUGCUGCUGCCUCACGUGCGCCGCUCAGUUCGAGCAGUGCCCCGUCUGCCGCGCCGACGUCGAGCAGAAGAUACGUGCCAUCAGCGUAUGA